AUGCUUACACACAGCACUGAGCAGGACAUCAAAUUUUCAGGUGUCACCAACCCAAGGAAAUCUAUUCUAGUGCCAGUCCCACACAUGACCAACAGCGGCUCAAUUUUACCGCCAAGCCACUGGUUCCUCACUACCCCCUACACCUUCUACACUCCCCUUCUUGUGGGAUUGACUCUGCACUCACUCCAAUCCAGCCGGCUCAUAGGUUUACACGACCCCUUAUGCCUGAUGCAGUCUUUCAACCACCCCAACCUGUACUAUGCCGCAGUACAGCCUAAACCGUCCAUGAAAAAGAAGGCGGUUCAAGCCAUUGCUGGUUUCAUCAAGUCACAGCAUGCUACCCAUACUGGGAUUGUGCAUGGCUUCUUGAAGUUGGAGUGUGAGGAACUUGCUGAGCAACUGCGAAAUGACUAUGGCUUAUCUGCCAAACAUUACCGCACCAGUAUGGGCCCACAAGAGCAUAGCACUACUCAAGAUCCAUCAUCCACUUCAACUCCAGGCUCGAGGGGCGGCAACAUCCUGGAAAGCAGCUCGAAGAUCUUUUUCAUGUGUCCUCCUCCCCUCGGCACUUAUUUAGUCCCUCCGGCAUUCACUACCUUCCUUCCAGUACUGCGCCUUCACAAUAUGGCCAAUACAUACUCUCCGGGCCCUCAUAUACCUUAUCACGCAAAUGCCUUUGAAACACCUCAUGCUGGGAGUUCACAAUUCGCUCCUGCUCCUGCUCCCUCUUUUUUUAUGAAUGUUAACAUUUGA